UGCCCCAUUUUCUGCCUUGGUGUGGUCCUGUAAAUUUACAAAUAUUUAUUUCCUAUACGUCAAGAGGAAAGGGGGUUCCCCUUUCAUAGAAUGCGGCAACAUGGGUCUCUUUGACCGCGGGGUUCAGAUGUUGCUGACCACGGUGGGCGCCUUCGCCGCCUUCAGUCUCAUGACCAUCGCGGUCGGCACGGACUACUGGCUCUAUUCUCGAGGAGUGUGCAAAAUAAAGACUAACAAUGAAAACGAGACCAGUAAGAAAAACGAAGAGGUGAUGACACACUCCGGACUGUGGAGGACCUGCUGUUUAGAAGGGAACUUUAAAGGGCUGUGUAAACAGAUCGAUCACUUUCCUGAAGACGCGGACUACGAAGCUGACGCGGGAGAGUACUUCCUUCGAGCGGUAAGGGCGUCCAGUAUAUUCCCCAUCCUUAGUGUGAUCCUACUCUUCAUGGGAGGUCUGUGUAUUGCGGCCAGUGAAUUCUACAAGUCCCGUCACAACAUCAUCCUCAGUGCAGGGAUCCUCUUUGUGUCUGCAGGUUUGAGCAACAUCAUUGGCAUGAUUGUCUACAUAUCAGCGAAUGCGGGUGACCCCACUAAGAGCGACUCGAAAAAGAACAGCUACUCAUACGGCUGGAGCUUCUACUUUGGUGCUCUGUCCUUCAUCAUGGCCGAGAUGGUGGGCGUCCUGGCGGUGCACAUGUUUAUCGACCGGCACCGUGAACUCCGAGCUGCCAGCGCUCGGGCUGGAAGAGCCAUUGCGACUGGAAACGCAGACUACCUGCACGGCUCGGCCAUCACGCGCAUCCCCAGCUACCGCUACCGUUAUCGGCGUCGCUCACGCUCCUCCAGCCGCUCCACGGAACCCUCGCAGUCACGUGACACCUCUCCGCUAGGCCUCAAAGGCUUUGGAGCUCUGCCCUCCACCGACAUCUCCAUGUACACUCUGAGCCGUGGUGGAGGAGAUACGCUGAAAGCCACGCCCCCAGCCACCUACAACUCGGAGAGGGACCAUAACUUCUUGCAAGUCCACAACUGUAUCCAGAAAGACGCGAAGGACUCACACAGCAAUGCUGCCAACCGUCGCACUACGCCUGUAUGAGCACUACAGAGACCAAUACUGGCAGAGAGGGAAAGUGACUGAAUAUGAGCCAGAAAAGGAGAGACAGGGAACAAAUGAGUGGGAGAAAGAAUGGAGAACCAGAACACGAGGGGUAACAAGGACUGGGGGUACAAGAGCUCUCUGAGUUGUGAGCUAUUUACAACAAUGAAGAUGACUAUGAUGAGUUUCCAUGUUGAAAAAAAGUGAAAAAGUGAAAAAUGUCCAAAAAAAGAGAUAAAGAAAAUGCAUGAUUUUCCCAUCUACCGUAAUUUAACGAGUUUUAAACCAUGUUUCAAAAGAAGAGGAGCGAGUAAUGGGGAGAAAGAGAGAACGAGAGAAACAGAGACAUAGACAGGUGAAAGAGAGGGAGGGUAUAGUAGACGAUGAGCAUUGUGAGUUUUAAAAGGUUUCUAUUUUUUCAACUCUCUUCUCGGUCUCCAGGGCGACCUGUGACUCCGUCCCCUCCUCCCCGCCCACCUCCCUCUUUACUUCCUGUAUGUAUCCAUCUCAUUCUUUUGCGCAUUAAUACUGUGAAGCGUUGUGGCCGAGGUGUCCCCAGGGCAAAAAAAAAGACAAACCUGUAUCCUGGCCACAACUUAUAAGUUAAUAUAUGUAUUAAUUAUAUAUGAAUAUAUAAAUAUAUAUAUGUUAAUAAACCACAGAUAGACUUCCCUGGCGCAAGAGAAGGACGGAAAAAAAGACAAAAAAUGAGAACAAAUCAAAAGUCAAUAAAGUCGUCAU